UUCACUUGGUCAUCUGUUGGUAAUCUGUGUAUUGUAUGUAUUGUAUUCCACUUUUGAUUUAUUUCAUUUCUAAUUUUCAUUCUUUUACUGGCUGUUUUUGUACGAGAUUACAAUAAAAUGGUUUAUAUACACUUUCCGGCAAAUUUCACAGAAGAAGAAUUGAUGUUGCAAGCUAAAUACCAGAAAUUAAAGAAAAAGAAAAAAGCCUUACAAGCUUUAAAAGCUCCAAAACCAGAGCCAGAGAAACCUAUAAUUCUUAAGAGACCUGCUGAAGCUAGAGAUGCCAGAGAGGUCGCAAAAAAAUUAAUAAAAUCGGGGGUAAUACCUGCAAUAUCUAAACAACAGAAACAGCCAGAACAAGGAUUUAAACGUCCAAGGGGUUUAGAAAGAAAAUUAAUAUCAGAUAAAGUUGUUAGUGGAUACCAACCCUUUUCGGCAAUUCAAAUGGAUGAUGGUCCAGACAAUCCUGAAAACAAACCACCUAGAAUAAAGAAUCUGUAUGAUACAUUCGCAAAUGCCAGAGAUAGAGAAGAACGGGGCCUUUCUGAGAAACAACAACAGAAAUCGGAAAAACCAAGGCAGGGCAAUACAAUUUACGUAUCGGGUUAUAAAAUUACUGAAGAAUUUUUGAAGAAGCAUUUUUCAACCAUUGGAAACAUAAUAAAUAUAUCAAUGGAAAUUGAAAAAAAUCGAGGAUUUAUAACUUUUGAUAAAGUUGAGGCUGCUGAAAGAGCUAUUUCAGAGCAUCUUGCAAACAACUGUUGUGACAACAUGGAAAAUAGAGGAGUUUUGCUCGUGGAGGUUAUAGAGGCAGAUUCUGCCACAUACCCAUUUCACUCCCCGGCUAGACAAUGGUCCUCGUCACGGAGUGAUAAUACGGUGACAAUAUACGAGUAUGACGAGGAAUUGAAAGAUGGUAACGAUCAACAACCAGAUUCCACGUCUCCGGGAAGGUCUGGAGCCACAACGCGAGAUGAUCUGAGUGGCGACGAUGAUCGUUUAAUUCUCUGGAUAUUGUGCAUUCAACAGUGUCCGAUGACUUGAUGUUGGAUGUCAUGGAUGGUUGCUUAGAUGCCUGGUCGAAUAUGGUUGGCUAGAAGAAUUAGAUAUUUAAAUUAAUAGUUGUAUUUUAUAUUUAUAAUAUUAUUACAAGCGGUGAAAUAAA